AUGUAUGGGUUUGUUGAACUUCUUAGAUCCGUCUAUCUUGGGAGCAGCGUACAGUUGCUCCCCGCAUUUCAAUAUACAACUGUUCCACGAUUUAUCGUGGUACAAGUAAACCGUACAGGCUGCUACUCUGCGAGCGCUUCCAGUACAACUGUUUCAAAACUCGUUGUGAUGCAAGUAAACCGUACAGUGUCCAAAGACUUCUGUUCUAUGAAUACUUCCAGUACGACUGUUCCACGAUUUAUCGUGGUGCAAGUAAACCGUACAGGCUGCUACUCUGCGAACGCUUCCAGUACGACUGUAUCACAGCAGGUUUCGAUGCAAGUAAACCGUACAGCCACAAGCUCCGAAUCUCAUCAUUACAGAAAGCCGUGUCUUACCGCAUUGGUUUUACCUGUAGAGAGAAAUGCAAGAAAAUAUGGUCGGAUGGGAUUAUUCCCUGAAAGCCAUAUCGGUAUUCAUUUCACUGACUUGCGUAAGUGUACGUUGACGCUCGAUGGUGAUGGUUGA